AUGGGCGCCAACGACCUGACCGUGACCUCUGACCCCGAGAGGCCUCGCCCCCCCGCCCGGCGCUGGAGUCCCUUCACCAGCAUCAAGAUUCAUCUGAAAUCAGCUGAAAUCAGUGGGGGGAGGGGGGGCAUGCAAGACCUCAUCCCAGGUUGGAUUCAAACCCUGGACCUCUGCAUCAAGGACUAUCCCUCUUACCCUGAUUGGUUCUUGCCAUAUUAUGAAUUCUACCAGUCGUCCAAUAGGCUGUUGGCUGUGGGGGGGAUCAUUUCAGGGGACUACCUCAUGAAGCUCAUUGGGGAGAUAAUCUACAAUGGAAAUAGUGAUGAAGCUAAAGGAAACUCAUUGGAUGAGAAGGAGUCAGAUGUUUACAGAAGAACAACCCAUGACCUGGUGAUGAUUUGGACUCUGCUCGGUCCGACCAUCCGGCUGAACCGAUGCAGGACUCUGAUCACAAACCCUUUCUGUGACAAUCCCUCUCUGUUCAAACUCUCCUGUGAGGAUGUGUCUAUUAGUAAUAUCUAUGGCCUCUUUACCACUAUAGCUCUGUUAACAGUUUCAAUAGGCAGCAUGGUUCUCACCUACACUAAGAUUACAGUAGUGUGUCUGAUGAGUAACAGCAAGUCUCUGAACAGUAAAGCCUUAAAAACUUGCAGCACUCAUCUUUUUGCAUAUCUAAUUAUGUUGUUAAGUGGACUGCUGCUGGUCGUCCUGCAUCGCUUCCCUCAGUAUUCAGACCAACGAAAAAUGGCUUCCAUUUUGUUCCACAUCAUCCCCGGCUGCCUCAACCCCAUUAUUUAUGGCGUGCAGUCUAAAGAGAUUUGGAAAUUCCUGUCACAAUCAUUCCAGUUCAAAAAGGUUUUGACGUUCAAAUACCCUUGA